UUUUACAUAAGGCUAUAAAGAAAUACGUAUUGUUGGUAACUGGUUUUGAUGCUAUUUGAAGUUCUUACCGCGACGUACAUCACACUCAGGCUACUACAGCGUUCGAACGGCGUUGCAGCGCCGAAUGCAAUGGCGAAUCCAUCACAAAGAAGGCUGUGUGUAGUCUGAAAAUCUGGUAUGGCUGUCUAAAACGGAAGAUGAGUCAAUACGAAGUGAAGUGCAUUGAAAAUUGAAUUGGAGAUAUCUCCGAACUGUGUCUAAUUUACGAAGUUUUUAUCACCAGUGCUGCCUGCAAGAAAAUGAACGGCUUAAGUCUCAGUGAGCUGUGUUGUUUGUUUUGUUGUCCUCCUUGCCCAACGAGGAUUGCUGCCAAACUGGCAUUCUUGCCACCAGAACCUACCUACAACUUUCAAGCGGAUGAAACGGGUUCGAAAUUUAGUUUGAAUUUGACAGAAAGAGCCGAGUGGCAAUACUCCGAGAGAGAAAAGGAAAAUAUUGAAGGUUUUUUCACAAGAACUUCCAGAGGAAAUCGAAUAGCCUGUUUGUUUGUGAGGUGUAGUACAACAGCUCGGUUUACAAUAUUGUUUUCACACGGUAAUGCCGUAGACUUAGGACAAAUGAGCAGUUUCUAUCUAGGGUUAGGUUCACGGAUAAACUGUAAUAUAUUUAGUUACGAUUACUCAGGCUACGGGGUCAGUACUGGAAAGCCAUCGGAAAAGAAUCUGUAUGCAGAUAUAGAUGCAGCAUGGCACGCCUUACGAACUAGGUAUGGUAUAUCACCCGAAAAUAUUAUAUUAUAUGGCCAGAGUAUUGGGACUGUGCCAACAGUGGACCUGGCAUCGCGUUAUGAAGUGGGAGCUGUCAUUCUCCAUUCGCCGCUUAUGUCUGGAAUGAGAGUCGCAUUCCCCAAUACCAAGAGGACGUGGUUUUUUGACGCCUUUCCUAGCAUUGACAAGGUUCCAAAAGUCACAUCCCCGGUACUAGUGAUACACGGUACAGAAGACGAAGUCAUAGACUUUUCACAUGGCCUUGCUAUUUACGAAAGAUGUCCGCGAGCAGUUGAACCUUUAUGGGUUGAUGGUGCUGGCCACAAUGAUGUUGAACUGUACUCUCAGUACUUGGAACGCCUGAAGCAGUUUGUCUCUGUAGAACUGCUCAACUGACAACUACUGCCACCUGGUGAGGAAUCAGAACAUAAUGCAACGUCAACUGUCAGCUCUGCAACCACUAGUUCAGUGACUGAAAAGCUUCUCUAGCUAACCGACACACUGACAAAUCAGACAGUUGGCGAACUAACUAAUAGUCCCACCAGUCCUCAAGACGAAAAAUCUGAGAGUGAGCCUUCAACCAGUAAACCAGCUGGUCAACCAGAGAAAUCUUCUUGUAAGUCAUCAGUACCAACUGCAAAGGCAACCACAGCAGAAACAGUUAGUACAACAGCAGUCAUAAAUGCUCCUUAUGAACUGCCCAGAGAGACUACUUGCUAAAAGUUGGUAUUAUUUUGUGUGUGUCUGAUGAACUGUACAUAUUCAGCCUUGGGCAGUUGUGCUGAUAAUGAAGAAUAAAUUGCCUAUCACAUAUUGAUUGCCUGAUAACGUUACAUAUGAAGUGAAUCCUAGUGCUUAAUAAAAAUAUGGGUUAAGAAGAGGUUAAUAGUUUCCAAAAAUUCCCCAGUGAUGUAUCAUUAUGGCAGGGAAAAUGUUAUUGUUUUACCAAUAUUGCAAUAUUACAGAAUAUAUAUGUAUAUAAAAAGAUAUAUAUAUAUAUAUAUUCAUUUUUGUGUACAAACAUUUGUUACAUCUUUUGUAUCGGUAAAAAAAUUGUGCGUUUAAUUAAGCAGUGUAUUGUGUACACGGACAUAAUCCAGGCAAGAAAUUACAUAAGUUAUCAAAGUGUGAUACAAGAAAUAAUAGUGAAAUCAUUCUCAGAAUUUGCUAUAUUUUAGAGCUGUACUUGUUUAUACUGAUGAUAUGCUCAUGUGCAAUUUUUGUUACUGUAAGGAUGACAAAAUACCAAGUGUGUGAAUGAGUGAUGUAGUCACUUCAUUAGAGUAUAACAAAAGAAGAAGAAAAAUCACUCGAUGAAUUUACUUUUGAAUAUUCGUAUCGUGAGAAGUUCUCCAUAAUUUUAUAUAUAUUUGUGUGUGUGUGUGUGUGUGUGUGUGUGUGUGUGUGUGUGUGUGUCAUAUAGUGUGGUGCUCAGUUUUUAUGAGGAAAUAUUCAUAUUAUAAUUUAUUGUCUUGUGUGAGUUCACCAAGGAGAUUUCACACUCAAGAUGUUUAUUAUUAAAACAGUAAACACCUUCCAAAAAAAUAUUUGUAUCUGUUAUUAAUAACUAUUCCUUCUGAUUUAUCAUGACAAUAGUUAGACCUGAACUAAAGAUACAGAAGACAGCUUUGUUCUCUUUACUUAAGACCCAAGUAAACUGAGUCUAUUUAGUUGUAGUUUACAAGUUGUUUUUUGCCCAGUGUGUUCUAUUCUUCAUAUUUUGGUUUGUGAGAUUUGUUAUGUUGGCUUAAAUAAUGCAUGGAUUUUAAAUGUAAAUCACAGAUAAUGUUGUUGUUCUAAUUCUUUAAGAAUGUUAUCUUUUGGAAAUUUUUGAGCAUUAUUGAACUUUUGCUAGCAAGACCAUAACUGUAUUUCCUCAGAAGCCUGACAAGAAGUGGGAUAAAUGAAGUUGAUUUGAUUUGUGCUCAUUUCUAUUGGAUGUUGUGCAAAAUUAAUUGUUCUUCCAGUUGCAGAUUUGUGCCUGUGUAAUAAACACACUUUUUGAGGGUUGAUAUUGACGUAUGUAUUCCAGCCCUAACUGCCAAAACAUUCAGAAUUGAAAUGUGAAACCAGAUUUCCAAGUGUUGUUUUUUUAUCAGUCCUGAUAAUUUGUUUAAUUUAUAUAUUAUUGUAAGUUCAUGUAAAGAACUGGAUACAAAAUUUCUUAGACUCUCU